AGCGCUCACCUGCAGCGCGCUCCCGUCUACAGCCGUGCUGCCCGGUUACAGCGCGGAGCGCGCUUCGGUACCGCACGCGCCGCGGUCGUUCGAGGGCGGAUCGGGAUUUUCCGUUAAACGCAGCCUCGCUGGAAUCACGCGUUUGGCCGGGAUCCCGCUGCUCACCCAGGACGUGACGCGGUCGUUCACCGGAACGCUUCGCAGCAGGAACGCCGGGCGCUUUUGUGUCGAUGCAAAUGAUGCGCCCGGUAAACGCGCGGCGGGGAGAGCGGCGCGUCCGUCGCUCGCGCUGAUGACAAUAGCGGACUCCGGCGAUCAGAGCGCGCGAUAGAAACAGAAGGAAGGAACGUUUACCGGGAAGGACAAUGUCUCUCAGCAGGAGCAUCGAGCUCGAGCACUUCGACGAGCGGGACAAGGCGCGCCGCUCCAAACGCUCCGCCGCCGCCGCUCGGGCUCGGGCUCGCGGCUCGCGCGCCAGCAGCCUGGUCCCGAGCCCCGCGCACAGCGCCAACUGCAGCUUCUACCGCACGCGCACGCUGCAGGCGCUCAGCUCCGAGAAGCGCGCGAAGAAGGUCCGCUUCUACCGGAACGGAGACCGCUACUUCAAGGGUCUGGUGUACGCGGUGUCCGGCGACCGCUUCAGAUCCCUGGACGCGCUGCUGGCCGAGCUGACGCGCGCGCUCGCCGACAACCUGCACCUGCCGCAAGGUGUGCGCAGCAUCUACAGCGCGGACGGCGCGAGGAAGAUCGCGAGCCUCGACGAUCUCGAGGAAGGUGAGAGCUACGUCUGUGCCUCCAACGAGCCCUACAGGAAGGUGGACUACACCAAGAACGUCAACCCUAACUGGCUCCCGGCUGGCGGGGCGGGCCUGUGCUGGGGCGGGGCCCGCGGGCGGAGCCGGCCGGCCGGGGCGGGCCGGGCGACCGGCGCCUCAGAGAGCCUCAGGAGAGUCGAGGAGGCCAAAGACUUCAUCAAACCCAAGCUGGUGACGGUGAUCCGGAGCGGCGUGAAGCCCAGGAAGGCCGUGAGGAUCCUGCUCAACAAGAAGACGGCGCACUCGUUCGAGCAGGUCCUCGCAGACAUCACCGAAGCCAUCAAACUGGACUCGGGCGUCGUGAAGAGACUCUACACCCUCGACGGGAAGCAGUUGACGAGUCUGCAGGAUUUCUUCGGUGAUGAUGAUGUUUUUAUCGCGUGUGGUUUGGAGAAGUUUCGUUACGCUCAGGACGAUGCUGCUCUCGGACACGCAGGGAAGGGCGCCGCAGCGGCGUUCGUUAACGAGUGUAAGAAAUCACGGCCGUCUGUUCCUCCCAAAACCACCAAGAACUCCGGACUACCACGCUCAAAAUCACCCUUAUCAGGUAAGAGCGACUCUCCGCCCAUGAGGUCAUCACAGUCUCCCUGCAGUCCUGCCACGCAACGCAGCCGAAAGACGUCUGUUAAUGAAGCGUCUCCGUCCCAGACUCCAUCCAGAGAUCACAACGAUGAGGAGGAUCUUAGUCCAGAGGUGAACGGUAAUGAAGUUCAGUCGUCGGUCAUCACUGAGAAGUAUAAAGUGGGGAAGGUGAUCGGAGAUGGAAACUUCGCGGUAGUCAGAGAGUGUGUGGAGAGGUCUACAGGACAGGAAUACGCACUGAAGAUCAUUGACAAGGCCAAAUGCAGCGGCAAGGAGCAUCUGAUAGCCAAUGAGGUGGCCAUACUGCGCAGGGUUCGUCACCCCAGCAUCAUUAUGCUAAUAGAGGAGCUGGACACGCCCACUGAGCUGUACCUGGUGAUGGAGCUGGUGAAGGGCGGUGAUCUGUUUGAUGCCAUCACUUCCUCCACGAAGUACACCGAGAGAGACGCCAGCGCCAUGCUCUUCAACCUGACCGGAGCGCUGAGAUACCUGCACAGGAUGAACAUCGUCCACCGAGACAUCAAACCUGAGAACCUGCUGGUGUGUGAGUAUCCCGACGGCACUAAGUCUCUGAAGCUGGGUGACUUUGGGCUGGCGACGGUGGUGGAGGGACCGCUGUACACCGUCUGUGGGACACCGACUUACGUCGCGCCGGAGAUCAUCGCAGAGAGCGGGUACGGGCUGAAGGUGGACAUCUGGGCGGCGGGUGUGAUCACCUACAUCCUGCUGUGUGGUUUUCCUCCGUUCCGCAGCGAGAGGAACCAGCAGGAGGAGCUGUUUGAGCAGAUCUUACUGGGAAGACUGGAGUUUCCCUCGCCGUACUGGGACAACAUCGGCCUGUCUGCUAAAGAUUUAAUUGGUAAGAUGUUGCAAGUGAAUGUUGGCGCUCGUUACACGGCUGACGAGGUGCUGGAACACCCCUGGGUGCAGGACGAAGCUGUGCUGGACACUAACAUGGCGUGUGAGAUGGAAGAUGGUGCUGGAUCAGAAAAUACACACAACAGCACAGCGGCAGAGGCUGAGGUGGAUCAUCUCCACGAUGACAGCUGGCAGUAGUCUGAAGAAUCUCUCCGGAGGCGCAGAAGAAGAGAAACCCUGAUCACCGACACAAACCUCAACACCGAGACCAGACCGGACCAGACCAGACCAGACCAGACCGCCUUCUCUCAGUUCUUGGUGGUGUUGAUCCAGCAUCACUUAGUCCUCAUAUUCAAGUGUUUUCCUGACUCUGAAGCCUCCAGCGCUGUCCAGGCUGUUCGUUCACAUGCACUCAAAUGAAUCCGGAUUCUGAAAGUCGUUCACAUGAACGCUAAGCUCUGCGCUAAUUCACAUUCAUUUACAUGUUGGCUUUGUUAGAGUUCAGAACUGGAAAAAGCCACUGCGAUAAUUUCAUAACGCUUAAUAUUUAGCAAAUAUUAAUUCUCCCCCACUGGCCAAAAUAACAAAAAUACGUUUCAGGAAUGUUUUAAUAACGUUAAGUUAUAUUAUUCCUGAAUGUUCUCUGAAUGUUCACGACUUUAAGUGUUUUAUUAGAUGACCAUCCGACUAAAAUUCCAGAAACUAAGAACGUUUUCCUAAUGUUCCCGUCACGAACAUCCAUUCGUGGCGUUACUUUCAAAUCUUCUCUGAACGUUCUAAAUUUAGUAACAUUUAAAAAACGCAACAUAAACGUCCAAUUUUGGAGGGAAACGUUCCACAGAGUAUAAAAAAAACGUUCUUAAAGAUCAGAGAACUCGUGAACAUUCCAUUAACGUUACCGGAACGUUCCGGGUUCUCACGAGUUUCUUAAAACGUAUGUACAUUCUGAAUCCGUUUUUUAAUGAAGCAUCCGCUAGAACGACUGCACGCUAGGUCCGAUAAUAACUGAGAGCUUCUAAACGCGUUCCUCAGAUCGUAGCGUUCGUUUUCUCCCGUUCUGGUCUGUGUUCGCACGCAGGGCUUCAACUAAACCAGCGACCUCGACUUUUACUGCACUGUGUCCUGAACCUGCUCCUCUUCCUCUCUCUCUCUCUCUCUUCCUCUCUCUCUCUCUCUGUACAUACGUGUCUUUGUCUGAACGGACGUCUCAUUUCGGACGCUUGCGUCCUUGUACCCGAGCGAGAACGUUUCAGUCGUGUCGAUGGAUGUCUCUUUACGUCUGAUUUGUGUGACCAAAUGUGUGUUUUCGAGCCUGAUGUAGUGUUACGACUUUGCUUUACACCAAAACUUCGGCCUUUACUGAACGACUGUGUGUUACUCUCCAUGAAAUGCCUCUGUUUUUAGAAGAACUGUUCUUUUGAUUUGAUCUGAACGGUCGCUUGUGGUAUCGACGGUAUUAACUUUUGUACGGUGGCCGUUCGGGGGGGCCUCAAGUUCCUCGUAAUUAUUCCAAUUAUGGAUUUAUUUCAUGUUUUGUUUUGUAUUGCAACAAUACAUCAUGAGUAGCUGA